GAUCAAACAAACAAACAAACCUUCCUUAAUCAGAAACCAACCAAUUUCAGAUUUUUAAACAUCAUCAUCAGCUUUAAUGGCGUCACCAAAGUCACCUACAAGACCAACCCAACAAAACCCACAACCCAAUUUCCACGAUUUCCUUCCCGCCAUGGCCGGAAACCUAGGCGGUGAAGGUCUGAUCGGAGAGCUCUGUAACGGAUUCGAGCUCUUGAUGGAUAGAGAGAAAGGUGUCAUCACGUUCGAGAGUCUCCGACGUAACGCAGCGGCGGUGUUGGGUCUCGGAGAUUUGACUGAUGAAGAUGUUCGGUGUAUGAUUAAAGAAGGGGAUUUUGACUGUGACGGUGCGUUGAAUCAGAUGGAGUUUUGUGUGUUGAUGUUUAGGCUUAGCCCUGAUUUGAUGGAGGCUUCGCGGUGUCUCGUCACGGAGGCGAUAGAGGAGGAAUUUUCUGGGGAAAAAAAUCAGAAAAGCUUUGAGAAGAUCGAGCGCACUUCUUCAAUGGCGACCAAAGUUUACAUCGUGUACUACUCAAUGUACGGGCAUGUGGAGAAAUUAGCUCAAGAGAUUAGGAAAGGUGCUGCUUCUGUUGAUGGUGUUGAAGCCAAACUCUGGCAGGUACCCGAAACACUCCAAGAAGAUGUGCUCUCUAAAAUGAGUGCACCACCAAAGAGCGAUGCUCCUAUUAUCACCCCAAACGAGCUCGCUGAGGCUGAUGGAUUUGUCUUCGGCUUCCCAACAAGGUUUGGUAUGAUGGCUGCUCAGUUCAAGGCAUUCUUGGAUGCAACCGGCGGCCUUUGGAGGACUCAGCAACUCGCCGGUAAGCCAGCCGGAAUCUUCUACAGCACAGGGUCCCAAGGUGGUGGUCAAGAAACCACAGCAUUAACUGCCAUUACUCAGCUGGUCCAUCACGGGAUGAUAUUUGUCCCGAUUGGGUACACAUUUGGUGCCGGAAUGUUUGAGAUGGAGAAUGUAAAAGGUGGAAGCCCAUAUGGGGCGGGAACAUUUGCCGGAGAUGGGUCGAGACAGCCAACGGAACUGGAGCUGGAGCAAGCAUUUCACCAAGGUAAGUACAUAGCUGCCAUAAGUAAGAAGCUCAAGGGACCUGCUGCUGCUUAGAGCUCUCUCAAAAAGAUAAUAUUUUGAUUCUUUGUUGGUGAAUUCCUACAAAUUGGCAUUUUGUGAUUUUUUCGCUUUGGAAUUAUCUAACACUGAAUGAGUUACUUCUGCUCAUGAGCAAAUAACACGCCAUUGCCUUG